AUGGCCACCGUCGCGACUCAGGCGUCCCUCGCCGUCAUCCGGCCGUGCUCCCGGUCGCGGUUCCUCAGCGGAUCCUCCGGCAAGCUCCCCCGGGAUUUCUCCGCACUCUCCAGGACGCCCUCCUCCACCCGGAGCCUCGGCGCCUUCCGCGUCGAGGCGAAGAAGGGCGAGUGGCUCCCCGGCCUGGCCUCCCCCUCCUACCUCAACGGCAGGUGACAGACGCAAGCAAAAAACUUUUCAGUUCACCUCUCACCUCUCGCUGUUCUCUCUCUCUCUCUUUCUGUUCUUCUCGCCGGUCGGCUGAUGGAGGCAGGUCUUGCCUGUGGCUGCAGCCUGCCCGGAGACAACGGGUUCGACCCACUGGGACUGGCGGAGGACCCAGAGAACCUCAGGUGGUUCGUGCAGGCGGAGCUGGUGAACGGACGGUGGGCGAUGCUGGGGGUGGCGGGCAUGCUGCUGCCGGAGGUGUUCACGAAGAUCGGCGUGAUCAACGUGCCCGAGUGGUACGACGCCGGCAAGCAGGAGUACUUCGCCUCUUCCUCCACGCUCUUCGUCAUCGAGUUCAUCCUGUUCCACUACGUGGAGAUCCGGCGGUGGCAGGACAUCAAGAACCCCGGCAGCGUCAACCAGGACCCCAUCUUCAAGAGCUACAGCCUCCCCCCCAACGAGGUCGGCUACCCCGGCGGCAUCUUCAACCCCCUCAACUUCGCCCCCACCCUCGAGGCCAAGGAGAAGGAGAUCGCCAACGGUAUGCUCUCUCUCUCUCUCUCUCUCCCUCCCUCCCUCCCUCUCCUUUCAGUUGCUCAUCUCCAGCCGGAGAGUGAUCUGACUCGUCGUCGUCUCUGCAGGGCGACUGGCUAUGCUGGCCUUCCUCGGCUUCGUCAUCCAGCACAAUAUAACCGGCAAGGGCCCCUUCGAGAACCUGCUCCAACACCUCUCCGACCCCUGGCACAACACCAUAAUCCAGACCCUCAGCAGCUAG